CCGAGUCUCUACGACGUUCCUUGGCCGAGAUGGAUUUUUUUUUUUUCGAAAUUUUCAACAAAGGCUCUUCUGGAGUUUGGCCUCAAUAUCUUUUGCGCGUGACAAUCUGUUUAAAAAGGCUCAUAUUCACGGCUCUAUAAACGGAAAAAUCAAAAUAGACUGAAAAGUGAAGCGCUUGACUUUCGGGUCUAAAUAGACUGGAAAUUCAAUUCGCUUCACUUUUGGGUCUAUUAUCGUUUUAGACCAUAAAGUCAACCCGCUUCACUUUUCAGUCUAAAUCGGAAGCAGUGCUCCGCCCCUUUUGCCAGGACUAUAUAACCCCGUCCCUCUGGAGCUCCCCCAUUCUUCAAAUAUCCUAAGUACAGUCAUGACGUCCCGUUGUGCCAUUUGUAACAAAGACUACUCACAGCUGAGUCAGCACCUCAAGGUGACUCACGCUGUGAGGAAUUUGGAAGAACGACGCCUCCUUCUCGCGCUCGAGUCUGGCAGGGUCAACGUCCGUAAAGGACGUUGCCCUGUCCCUGGGUGCGAGAAGGAGGUCAUGCGCAUGGACCGGCACCUCCAGGGGCACUCCGAGCUAACUGCCAAGGCUCGCCGGCUGGCCUUUGCGAGGUGCAAGAAAGCAAAGAUCGUCGCACAGCUUGCCGCCCUCAGAGCGACCAACCCGCCGGUGGCCAUGGUCUCCACCCUCGACCUGCAGGUGGAAGGAGAGCAGGCCGAGGGGGAGGCACCGAAGCCCCCCGGCGAGGAAGAGGAUGACGAACCGCAGGACUGCGGCUCUGAGGCGUGCAGGAGGCGUCGCCUCAGACACAAGAGGCAAGUGGCGGACCUCAACGCCCAGAUUGACACGCUCUCGUCCACAUUACAAGAGGUGACCCGCCGGUGCAAGAAGCUCUUGCGCCAGCGGGGCCAGAAGCCUUCUCAGCGGCUGAGGGGGGUGACAAAGAAGCUCCUGGAAGCUCUCCAGGAGCCUGAGGAGGAGCAGGCACCCUUGUCGCCUCCCUCAGCCUUCGCAGCGGGCACGCCCGGUCCGUCCUCCGCCGCGCCUGAAGUCCCGGAAGAGGACGAAAGCGAGAUGCCCCACUUCCCCGACCACGUGUCCGCUCUGAACGAUUUCCUGGAGGAGUACAGGAAGCACCAGGAGGGCCCCAAUCCCUCCAGGAAAUUGAAAGAGAACGUGGGGGGCAAGAUCUUUCGAAUCCGGGCCUUCAUCGCAUUCAUGGCGGCGGGGAAGAGCCGGCUCUCGUCCCUGGAGUUCCUGAAUGACACUGAUAAAAUCCGGAAGUGGGUGACUAGCCUCAGGGCCAUCAAGGCGGCGGAGACCACCGUGGGACAUUAUCUAAAGAAUGUGGCUCAGUUUUUAGAUUAUUUGUCUGAGACCCCACCGCCGUCCUCCCGCCUGUCGUACAAGGCCAUGCUGGCCAUCCGGCAUGAGGCGCGGUGUGACGAUGCACCAGAUUGGGGUGAAGCAGGCCAAGGAGGGCCAGCUGAUCCCCAAGAAGGUGCUUCGUAAGUGCCGCGCCGAGUGCCUAAGACUAAUCCCGGGGAUCCUGGAUCAACUUGAGGAGGACUUGAGCCAAAAGACGCAGUUCGUGCUGUACGGACACCUGACGGCCUACUUCGCCUCUAUCUACGGCCACAGACUGGGCGUAUUUCAGAAUAUGACCAUUAAAGAGGUGGAGAAGGCCGUCA